CUCAUUCUCCGUUUCGAGCACAUGCCGUGGGGCUGGUUGACAGGCUAUUCAACAGGUCUCAGUGGUUUUGCAACUGGCAGGUUUCCUACUUAAGCACGCUAGGUUUCCAGGCUGCUGCGCUGGCUCUCGUGUAAAGCGGGCUUACUCUUGGGAACCAGUCGCCGUCCAAGGACUAUUUAGAAGGCAUACACCUCCGAGGACAGCACUUAUCAUCAUCCUUCGCGGUCGCUACUGUAUUGAUCUUGCCCUUUUUUGGCGCCACGCCAGACAGCCUGCCAGACAUCGACUGGGACGAGCCAGCUCCCGUCUCCAAACAAAAACUUCGAAACGCCACAAAUGGGGUCCAUUCCGGCCCGGAACAGGACAGAGCUCCUCAGGCAACAACACAUUGCGCAGCAGCAACAAAAGAAACCGGCGAGCAAUAAAGAUGACACAGUCCUGCGACCGAUCAUCACGUCCAUCAACGGCAAUGUCGCCUGGAUAGUGUCUGUGCCAAGACCAGCGGGCGCUUCCCCGCCCAGCACCAAGGCAUACUACCAUGUCGUCGUCGACCCGUGGUUCGGCGAGCCGGCCAUCUUUGUGCACAAGUUCGUGCUGGCCAUGACGCUGGCCACUCCGCCCGCGAUGAAGAACAAGGAGGAUGUGGAGCAGGCGAUUCGGGAGAUCGAGGCUGCUGCUGCUGCUGCUGCUGGCGGUGCAAAGAUGAGUACUGCCAAGGAGAAAGAACAGCUGGUCGACGCGUUCGUCGUCACCGGCGGCGUCGAGCACGCCAUGCGCACGAGCAUGACGCAGUUCUCCCCUUCGAUCCCUGUGUUCGUGGCCAAGCUGUCAUAUGAGAACGUCCGCGCGUGGAACUACUUUGAUAAGGUUGUGUUUCUCGAGCCGUUUGUGCCGUCAACACCCGCAGCCGAUGAUGAUGAUGAUGAUGAUGAUUCAGGGACCAGCACGAAGGGGACCUGGAGCUCAGCCAACUCGGGGGCGCCGAUGCCGGAAUGGCUGACCAUCCUCUCCCUCAAGGUUGACGCGUUCAACAAUUUCGCCAUUGCGCUCGUGACUGCGAGUGGUGGUGCGGCUUCUGCCCCUGGUUCUGGCACAGAGCAGCAGCAGCAGGGCGAGGCCAUCAUCCUUGCGCCUCACGGCGUCUAUUCCGGGGAGCCGGCGCUGACUGCCCUCCUGACGCCUGCUCCCUCACCGGACAAUUCUGCCACCGGCGGCGAUGUCGCGAACGGAGCUCUGGCGAGGCCGCCGCUUCCGCCCAGAGUUCUGGCUUACCUGGGGCCCUUCAAGGACUCGUACUCGCUUGGCAUGCGCACGCUGUGCGGCGUGACGGAGGUGCUCUGCAUGGCACAGGCGUUUCAAGACGGGAUCAAGUAUUACGUGCACAACGGGGACUUGCCGGAGGGGGACCUCUUAUAUGGGGGCUUGCUGUCAUACAGCCUCAGAGAUGACCCAAAGACGCUGGAGUGGGGGGUUGAGCAGCUGAGGUCGGGAAAGGGAGGCGACGGGGUUGUUUAUGGGGCCGAGGCUGAGCUCAAGGUUCCGGAGGAGGUUGUCGUUGGGAAUGGGGAGAGUCGUGUGCUUGUUUGACAGCCGGGGGCAUAAUCAUGGAGAAGAGCGCUUGUUUUGGCAUUUUGCUGAUCUCGUUCGAUUGGAAUGAGUUCCUAGAGGCCCUUGUGCAUGAAGAUGACUUUCUUUGUGUCGAGUUUGUUGUAGGUUUUAAUGUCAGGAUUGGUAAAUGAUACACUCUGACAAC